AUGCUCCGUAAAAUAAGUUCGCCAGUUCUGAAUGUAACUAAAAGAUGGGCUUCUCUUAGAGAAGUCGCAGGAGAACAGGAUCCAUCUCUACUCUAUGAACCAAAGUUCAUUGAUACUAAGAUAUACCCAGAAUUUGAAAACCUUAAUGUCAGAAUGCAGGGUCCCGACUAUGUACCUUUGGAAAAGUUUCAAUCCUAUGUAGAUCGCUUGGCUCGAAAGUUUGGUUUUGAUAUCAUAGACAGUUAUGCUGUGGCUUGUCAGACAGAAAAAGCAGUUACUUAUAAACCAAACAGUACUGUUGUGGACAACGAUUUGGAAUUGUCACAUUUCGACAGAGUGGUUCGAUUAGGAAAUGUUCCUGCUCCGCGUUUACAACUGUUUGUGAACUUAGUUAGAACGCAUGUUCCUGUUGGUGUCAAAAUCACUGUGAAAACUCAUGAGAAAACGGAUGAAGAGUUCCGUUAUAUCCCGGAUAUCCUCUUGAAACAAAAGCAGGAAGAAUUGAAAUCUUUAGAUGAUCCGAAUUUCAUUUUCGAAUAUCUGGCGAUUGUCCUACAAAUGAUUCUAAGCAUGAGCAGAGCCGAACUACAAAUACCUGUUUCCAAAUCAGAAGAAGACACGGAUCAGCCAUUCUGUCUUGUUUGCUUGAAGAAACAACAGUUAAUCAAGAGAUAUGCUAAAGCUCAUGUUAUAUCAAAAAACUAA